GCAUUUCGUCCGAAUUUCAGUCGAAGCGCAGCACUCAUAACGUCCUGAGUUGCGUUCCCCGAGGCAGCCGCAUUGUUGGACCCGGUACUUUGACCCAACGCUGUCUCACCUCUCCAUUCCUCGACUUUUCAUUUUUCCUCUAAAAAAGUCUCGCAUCAGUCGGUUUUCGCAGCUCUUUCGUUUAUAGCAGAUUUUAAAAACGCGUAGUGAAUGAAUCAAGUUUUUCAGUUUUCAAGAUAAUGAGAGGAAUCAUGAAGCCUGAAGUUAAACCGUCCGACACCCAAUCGGUGAUUUCCGACGCCGGCACCAGUAUUUCUGGCUGUGGAUCCAGCCUCAGCGACAAUCGCGAGGACCUCCAGGAAUUUGCGUUCCGACUGGGCUUGCCUAGCGUCGACCACCUGACCAGAGACCGUUUUCGGGUUGAUCGCCGUAAGCUCGAAAGUAUGAUUUUAGGGGAAGAACAUUUAGAGCCAGCUGACGUAUUUUUCCAAAAUAUUAUGGAAUCUACUGAAACUCGUAUAGUCUGGCCUGUCAAAUUGAAAAUAGGAGCUAAAUCUAAAAAAGACCCUUGUAUUCGUAUUGCUGGUAGGACUGAAGAUGUUGCCGAGGCAAAAAAGAAAAUCUUAGCAAUUUUAGAAACACGCCCAUGGGUAAUCAACUUCUCCUCUGGUUACAAGGGCUACCGAGUCACUAUGAAGCUGGACGUUAGUUACACUGAUCACUCACAUAUUAUUGGCAAAGGUGGACAGACUAUCAAGAGUGUAAUGGAGAAAACUGGAUGUCACAUCCAUUUUCCGGACUCCAACCGUAUUAACCAAACUGAGAAAAGUAACCAAAUCUCCAUCGCGGGAGAAAUGACUGGUGUAGAGAGAGCUAGAGCACGAGUUCGGGAGCUAACUCCACUGAUAUUCAGUUUUGAACUACCAUUGCUUGGUGGGAUUCAACCAUGCCCAGAACAGAACUGCGAAGAAAUAAAGGAAGUUGAAGGACUUUACAACGUUCAGGUCAUGUUCCGCACAAGACCGAAACUACAUUCAACCCUUGUGGUCGUCAAAGGGUGUGAGUGGGAGUUAGCCUCUGUCAAAGAGGCAACCAUUGUCCUCAUGAACAAAUUAUGUGACUCUCUGGCCAACCAGAUGCCUGUCCACAUGAGCAUGGAAAUUUCUCCAAUUCAUCACUCUGUAGUCUUAGGCCGAAAUAACACAAACUUGAAAACCAUCAUGCAUCACACUGGUGUUCAAGUUAUGUUUCCUGAUGCCAACGAUCCCAAUAUUCCUUCUCUGAAGAAGAGCUCAGUUACGAUCACUGGAGGUAUAAACCAAGUAUACCUUGCUAGACAAAUGCUUUUGGGUUCUCUUCCAAUGGUUAUCAUGUUUGACAUAACAGGAGAUACAGCCAUGAUGUCCAAUGAGCAAAUAAAUGAACUCAUGCAUACAUUGGAUGUUGUCAUCUCAGUUCGCUACAAACCAAAACAAAGCGUCACCUCAGUGUCCAUCAGGGGUGUUGAAAGAAAUGCCAGUAAUGUUUAUGAAGCGCGUCGUAUACUAUUAAAAUUGAAUGAACCAUCGAUAAAAGCCGUCAUCCCUGAUUCUUACAACAUUCCAUCACCCACUCCAUCAUACUUAUUCAAUGCGGGAUUAUCAACCUCACCUGGAGCUGGACUCAGCAAUCUUUUAGACAAUCGAUUCAGUAAAAAUAAUAAUAUUUCUCCCAUAAAUUACAACAUUUUGAACAGCCGCAAAGUGUUCCCAUCCGAAUUGUCACAGCUUCCAUCAUCAAUGUGGCCCUUGAUGCCCAACCUAGCUCCUCAAUUUUUCUCUCCCAAUCAGCGAAUGCAUCAUCAAGAACAGCUGACUGCAACUCUACAGAAUCAUCAAGAUAUCUUAUCACAGAGCUCAUUGUCCCUUCCAGACAUCAAAGAUUGCCAAGGAGCUUAUUCUUCGCUUAGUAGCAACACGAGCUCAUUAUCUAGUCCUACUGCCAGUCCUCGUAAUGUUUCGCCAAUUCCUUGUGCUCCAGAAAAUAAAUUAGAUUUAUCCUCUCUUUUAACAAAUCUCACUGAUGAGAACGGUUUUGAACGCCCCCUAUCCAUGGACUACAAUGCUGCCAAAAUGAAAGCAUUUCGAACUGUCCAAAACCAGAAUUUUUCAGCUGGUCGAUUGCGCAUUCCGACAACCUCCUGGUGUGGGUUAGGAUUCAGUCAGUCAUCGCCCACCCAUAAACUUAAAGAACAACUCAUGAAUGAUAACUUACCCGUGACUCAACUUGAAGAUGCUAACAGUAGUAGCCCAGCUGCAUCUGUUUGUUCUGACAACGAUUUGAAUUUUGCUGUCAGCAGUUACCUUGAUUCAGCACCUGGUGCGACGUUAGACUCUGUCUUCGCUGCUCAAGAGAGAGACAUCACUUCAUUAUUCAUAUCCCUUGGAUUUGAGAAAUAUAUUCCUCUUUUCAAAAGUCAAGAAAUUGAUCUGUACACCUUUAUGACGUUAUCUGACUGUGAUCUUAAAGAAAUUGGUGUAAAUGCAUUAGGUGCUCGCCGAAAACUUCUCUUAACCAUUGCUGAAUUGAAAAAACGUAAGAACAGCGGAUUGGCUUUCAAUGGUAGCGCAGCUCCCGGAGCAGAGCGAAAAGGCAGCCGUUCCAGCCUUGUAGAUUGGUAAUUUGUAUACCCAUUUUCCUAGUUUGUAAAUAGUUGGAUGUAGAAGCAGUUUGUAACUAUAGUUUUGCCCAAGUAUUUGGGAUAAGACAAUUUUGCGAACUUUCAUGAAAAAAAAUUAAUUUUAUAUGUAUUUUCUAUCCGUACUUAGAUGUUAGUUUUUAACUUGAUUUUGGCUCGUAUGAAGCCUCUUAUUCAAUUUUUUUUACUUACGUAUAUUUUACUGAAAAGAACACGUCAACCUGUGCUAAUUUUACCGUGAAUUUAAAUUCAAUUUCCACACUUUGCUGACCGUAAUUUUCUUUCUCCGAUUUUGGAGCCGUAUCAUGUACAGUGUGAAAAAUGUUUAGGCUCCUUAACUCAUCAAGCUCAGAAGGAUCAUCUUAAAGUUAGAGCGGAUUUAUUUAUUUUGUUUCAUAAAUAAUUCCAAUACUUGAAAUAAUGUAGACAUUUAGUUUAAAUUUUUACACAAAUAGCGUUUUCGAAGAUCGUGCAAAAAUUCCCUGUUCAGUUUUUAAAUACAUCGCUAAUAAUGAAUUUCAAUUUUAAUGCGCAUGAACUGUUUUGAUCAUUCAUCUGAAAAUCUUUGAAAUUAGGUUCUAUUGCAGCUGCUGUAGUCCGUUCACUACUUUUAUUAGAUUUACAAAUUGUUAUUUAUGAAUUUAUUUAUUUAUUUAUUUAUUAUUUUACAGAGUUCUCAACAAAAAAAAACUUAUUUAAUCAUUUAGUUAACUCUUUUACAAAUCAUACGUAUUGUUUGUAAUUUUUAUCUGUAUGCAUACUUAGUUAAUUACUACCUUUCUUUAGACUUAAGCUGCUUGAAUCAUUGCAAGCAAAGGUAUUUGUGACUAAAUCUAAGUUGGCUUGACCUUGCCGACUGUGAGACAGAGCUCGCACAUCAUACGUUGAGAUUAAUGUCACUUAAUGGUCCCAUUUACCAGUAAGCAAAAACAAGUGACGCAACACAAGAUGUGUAAACUUUGAUAUGUGGGCUUCUAUCAAGAAGUGAAAAAUUAGAUUUUUGAUCGCUGAUCACGUGAAGAUAAAUUUCUCUUUCUUUGUGUGGAAAAAGUAGCCAAGUUCAAUUUACUGUUUUUGUUAUCAAUAUUGAUGUCAAGUUAUUUUCAUAUUUUAAUUUGUAACAUGUGUCUUGAAAAAAAAAAAAAAAAUUGUAAGAAUUGAAAAGUAUGUCUCUGAAAAUUUACGACUGGAUCAAUUUUGAAAGAGAAGCACAGAAACAAGUGGUUUCUUCUUGGUCUUUGAUUUUACUCAGUCCUUAAAUUUUUAACAUCUUGACCUUGCGUCUGAGAACACUCAUCAUUUAAACACUGAUGCGUAGACUUUGAGUUUAUCUGAAGGUGUGUUCAGAACAUCACACACAAGCAUAAUCUUACGGGACUCUGUUUUUCCCCUGAAUCUGCAGACAUUUAUCAAAUAGAUCAUUCACAGUGUGACUAUCUCUAUUUUGUUGCCUCUUAAACGUCUUGGAAGUUACAGCAUUUAUAAUUUGACAAACUCACUCAAUUAAUGUGAUGCUUUCAAAAUACUCAGUUUCAUGUACUUUAACAUUUGUCGUCGAAAUAGUCAUCAGGGUAUGCUUUCAUGUCUGCCAAAUAACAAAUUCAGUGACAUACUGUAGGUUAUGAGGGUAAAGUUUUGAUUUUUGCUCACUGAACCUACUGAUUCUAGAAAGAAUCCCUGUAAGAACUCAAUCCAGCACCAAGUGUCUCAUUUUGCAAGAAAUCGUAAUUGUUUUUUCUGUUUUUGUUUGAAUAUUUACUUUCUUCCUCUGAACAACUGAAUCAAACGUUAAAAGAACUGUUGCAAAGACUUAAUUAUACCCUUUGAUCAAAAAUAUAAUGAUUGAGUAGUGCUCAGACUUUCUCGUAAUCCUAGUGAACAGUGAAGAAAAUUAUUAAUCGAAAGCCCAGAAUCAAUUAUCCAAAGAUAUGAAAUGAACUAAAUAUGUUUUUCUUUUAUUUAUCUAGCCACCCCUUUCUUUGAAUAUUUGUCUUUUUUUCAUAGUGCAAUCUAUUUAUUAUCGAUAGCAAAUAAUUUCUUAUAUAAGCCAUGCUCUCUAAUUUUUCUUUGUUUGUGUUUCCAUCACUCCUCGGAACAAUUUCUUAGGGAAUACUACUAGCCCUUGAAUAUUAUUUUUCAUUGUUUUCUAAUGUCGGAUUAUAUUUUGUAUUGGUUGAAAUCAGAAUGGGUUUUCCAAUAAUAUUUUGUUCAGAUUUCUCAUUGCGAAAAUCUCCAAACCCAAUUUUCGUUGUUUCAUGAGAGGAUAAUUAGUUCAUUUUAAGUCCUUGUUAAAUGCUUUUGCCCAAAUGCUCUGUGAGUUUUCAAUUUUCUCACUUGUUUUUUGUCCUCUUUUCAAUUUUGAUCCUUUUGUUUUUUUCCUUGCUUAUUGAUAUUGUCUUAAUGACUAAUGCUUCACGGAUAGUUAUGAUUUGCUGCCUCCAUGUGUCUUUAAAGAAUACUUAUCAAGUGGUCAGGAACUCUUAAGUGGGUAAUUACUUCUCAGGGAGCAUCUGCUUUUAUUUUUCAUGAAAAGUUUAAGGGAGAAGAAAACAAAGAUUCUAUCACUAACUAAAUUUUAAGGAUAUCUUUCUAGAUUUGUUAUGAUUUUCACAGAUACGUUAUACUAAAUAUUUCAGAGAAUCCUCUUAUUUCAAAAUCCUUAACUCAGUACAGCUUUGUGCAAGUUUGUCAUUUUCAUUUUAUCCCGAAAAGAGUUUUUUUCUGAAAGAAAAUAAAGUUACUUCUUGAUUUUAAAUUUUAAAAUUAAUUUUGCAUCACUGAUUUUAAUCGAAAAUCAUACUUUUGAAGUUUUGACAAAUACCUUUUAGAGCAGCGUAUUCUAUGUGUGCUGUAUUUUUUUACAGUAUCAUCUGUAUCCAAUUGACUAUAGCUUAUAAAUUUCUUCAAGUAUUUAAAUAUCUUAUCAAUUUAUGAUUUCUGGAAAACCCGAAACCAGUAUUAAUGUCUCCAUUUGGGAAAGGAAAAAUUUUAUGUAUCAUGAACAUCUUACUGUUUUGUUAAAAAGUUUCAAUGCUCAUCUUUCUUUAAUUUUUUUGAUUUACCUGUAAGUGUUUCUGUCACCUCCUUUUCAUUUUCCGCUUAUUCCUCUUUUUUUUGUUUGAGAACGAGGUAUGACACGAAAAAUGCAAUCAAAUUUUUUUAAAAAAAACACCUCUCUUUGUCUUGAGGCUGAUGGCCUUUCUUAUCGAAAAGAGAGUAAAAAAUUAUAAAAAAAUUAAAAAAACAGAACAAAACUAAACAAAAAUUUAUGUACUUAAUUUACGCCAUCAGAAUUAUUUUUGUACUGUAUCAACAAUGCAUUGAUUGUACUAUGAAAUAUCAGUCUUUAUUUUCUUCUAGAAAAAACAUCACUGAAAAUGUGUGUCCUGAUAUUUUUAUUGCUCGGCCAUGUUGAUCAAUUUAAGUAGUGUGUGUGAUCUGAUGUUUAUUGAUAUAGAGGAAGAAUGAAGCCAUCAAAAGAUGGCAAUUCUAUUAUGAGGUAAUGAAUGAAAUUUGUUCAAAAGGUUCUUACCUUAGUGUAUUAUAAUAAUCUAGAUUUAAGUGAAUGAAUUUCUGAACAGCUGUACUAGAGUUUCCAGUCUUUUCAGUCUAGGAUUGCCCUGCUAGAAAUGAAUAGCAAGUCACAUCAGGAUUUUUCAUGGAAGAUAAAAUUCAAGCCUUCGGUUUAAAAUGAUGAAUAACUUUUAAUAAAAAAAGAAUGCUACGCCUGAAGAUUAUAGAAAAUUAUCAUGGUUUUAGUAAAACAUAAAAAAUUGAAAGCGUAUGCUAUUUGGACAAUGCCUGACGUGACUCGCCAUAGUCUUUUGAUGAGUUUGAAAAUGCUCCUUUAGUUGAAUCAAAGACCAAGCUAUCUGAAUCUUUAAUUGCAGAAAGUGUGAAAACUAUCAUUUUCACACCUUUAAUUUUAUGAUUCUCACUUUUUUUCAGCAGCCUAAUCCAAUUUCUGUUAUGAAAUUUUACUCCCAGGUACCUAUGAGAAAAUUCUGUAUAUUAGGUCAACGCUGUAUUUAAAAUUUGUUUGUAAGUAUGUUUACCAUUCUUUUUGUAAAAAUGUAUCAUUGCAACAAAUUUUGAUUUGCAGUAGCAACUUUUUGAUACUUAGCUUUAUUAUAUAAAUCUUGAAUCCCACGA